AGAGGCCACUCCCUGCUUGGGACAGCGGGCGAAGAGCUCAACCUUCUGCUUAUAAGAAGGGGCUCUUCUUGCUCUCAACUCGUGCCACGCUCCCGACUUCUCUGCGCGCCAUGGAGAUCUGCCUUAAGUGCAUUGCGGUGGGCAGCUUCAUAGCCUACCUAAUCUUGCAGUUCCUACGCUGGAUCCGAGCUGACAGCGAUCUCACCGUGCAGUGGGCUGAAUGGUGGGGCAAAAAGCCCGAAAAGGAGCUGCCAAGGAAAGUUGUCUGGGUGACUGGUGCUUCCAGUGGAAUUGGAGAAGAGUUGGCCUACCAGCUGGCCAAGAUUGGCUCAUGGCUUGUGUUGUCAGCAAGAAGAGAAAACGAAUUGGAGAGAGUGAAAAAGAAGUGCCUUGAGAUCAGCAGCCUAAAUGAGAAGGAUAUCCUCAUUUUGCCACUUGAUUUGACUGACAGGGGAUCCCAUGAAUCUGCCACAAAGACAGUUCUUCAGCAUUUUGGGAGGAUUGACAUUUUGGUGAACAACGGUGGACGUUCUCAGCGUUCUCUUUUCGUAGAUACAAGUGUUAAUGUUUAUAACGCUAUAAUGGAACUCAACUAUCUGGGCACUGUCUCCUUAACUAAAUUUGUCCUGGACCACAUGAUCCAAAGGAAACAGGGAAAGAUUGUCACGAUGAGCAGCGUCAUGGGUAUCAUGGGAGCUCCCUUAGCAACUGGGUAUUGUGCCAGCAAACAUGCUUUGCAGGGCUUCUUCAACUCUCUUCGGCCUGAGCUUGGUGAUUACCCUGAGAUAAGUGUAAUCAAUAUCUGUCCAGGGCCUGUCCAGUCACAGAUCAUCCAAAAUGUCUUUACUGAAGAAGUCUCAAAGGUUAAUCAAAAUGUUGGGGACCAAUCUCACAAAAUGACAACUGAACGCUGUGUUCGCUUAACUCUGGUUAGCAUGGCUAAUGAUGUGAAGGAAGCCUGGAUCAGUGAUCAUCCCUACUUGGCAGUAUGCUAUAUGUGGCAGUAUAUGCCCACUUGGGCAUGGUGGCUAUUGAACCGCAUGGGAAAGAAGCGGAUAGAGAACUUCAAGAGCGGAGUGGAUGCUGAUGUUUCUUAUUACAAAAAGUCUUCAUAAGGAAAAGGAGCAGCUGAGCAUUCCUUCGAACAUGAACCAGCACAAAGAAAAGAGAGGAACCUCUGCUUGAAAAGUUUAUGGUUUUCUUUUGUAAAAAAUGAUGCAAAAACAUGCAACAAGACAGAUGUACCUAUAUAAAACUUCUAGCUUUGCAGCAUGAGAUGGCUACCCAAAGAAAGUUCAUUCACUUGUUGGCUUUUCAACGUAUAUACCAAGAUGAUGAUUCAAAUCUUGUCUUUCUCCCAACCCAUCUCCUCAAAUAUUGGCUGAGUUUAUAUAACACUAGCCUAUAACAAGGUUUGCUUAUGACCUACUGCAGGAAUGUGCAACUUUCAUUGGCUUCAGAUCCACACAAACUUUUCAUAGUAUGCCAGAGACUGUAUUCCUAAAGUGAAUUGACCAGGAUCCAUUUUCAGGAGUUCCAUGGAUGCCUUAAGCCUCUGUAGUGCUUUAAAUGCUUAUUUUAGCCAAUUAAACCCCUCUCUUUCAAAAUGCAAAAACAGCAACAUUUUUGGCGCCAGUCAAGAGAGGGAGUGGGGAUAGGAAAAUGAAUGGCAAAGGGACACAAACAAGAUUCAUCCACAUUUUGGGUCAACCACUAUGAUGAUUCUGCUCUUUUAGUACAUAGCUUUUUAUAAUAUAUGAGCUUAGCUAUACUUUUUUAAAUAGUUUAGUAAAUCUCUCAAAAACGUGCUCCAUUUCAAUUUUUCAUAAGAUAGCUUCGUAACUUGGGAGAAUUAAAACUUCUAUCUGCUAUUUCCAACUCAACAAUGAAGUACUCAAAAGCCAGUGUUGAUUCUUGGAAUUACACUGCAUAGUUUACAGUUCUACCAACUACAGAUGAACAGAAUGCUUUGUCACUGUGACAAGAUAUUAAAUACAGAUUUCACAAUACCUCUCCUGCAAGCAAUAUAGCCUUAUGAUGGCAAAUCUGCUUGGUCAGUCCCAGUGGUGGGUUUCAAAAUUUUUUGGAACCUCUUCUGUAAGUGUGGCCUGCUUUCCGGGUCCACUGGUGGAA